AUCUGUGCCCUUGGGUCUCUCAGGGGGUUGGCUUAACGUUCCACGGUUUACGUGGAGGCUGUGUGGGUUCCCAAGAGGCUGUACGAGGUAUGCAGACUGCUCCCAGGAACCGUGACCCCUCCAUGCGGUCACAGCCAGACGUGGAUGGAGGCCGAUGGGCUCAGGACCCUGGGCGUGGGCAGCUCCGGGACUCGGCUCCAUCACUCCCCAACGUGCGGUAUUCUAACGCUCGUGGCGAAUUGUGUUCGAGGGAAUCACCCAGUUCCUGGGGAGUCACUGGAAGACCUGGUUAUUAGCUGCACUGUGUCCCCACCCAGUGACUACGUUGAAGUCCUAAUUUCCAGAAGCCGUGAAUGUGCCUUAUUGGAAGUAAGGUCCACGUAAGAUGAGGUCACUAGGGUGGGCUGUGGUCUGACAGGACUGGUGUCCUUAGGAGGAGAAAUGUGGACACAGGUACACACUCACGGAGAAGCCACCUGAAUCUACAGGCACAGCCACAAGCCAGGGGGUACCAAGGACUUGCUCUGUCCUGGACGCCUGGCCUGCAGGACUGGUGUUCUAUAACAGGGGUUCUGAAAAGUGGUGACAUCUCCAGCUCUGAGAGGCAGACAAGCAAAUGUUGUUGCCCCACUGAUUACAGAGCCACUCAAAGCCCCAUGAUUUUAAGAGCCACAGGGCACCGAGUGCCAGCAAACACUCCUACGGACCCCUGGGCAUCACAUCCCUUGCUGGAAAGCCAGUGUGUUUUCGGACACAGUCGUUGGGAUGGGCAGAGGCUUUCCUUCCAUGGCCGAUGAUGGAGACCACAGUCUGUGGCCUGUCAGAGAAGGGAUGCCUCUGAUUCAAAGACCCACCCAAGCCCGUUUAUGGGUCUUGCACUCAAUGUGAAUAAAUUUAUAGGUCAAAUCUCCCAGAGUAAAAGAGAUCUUUAGUAACCUGAAAGGAAAAGUGUUUGGGGCAACAAUUCCAUGCUGUUUUCCUCACCUUUAAAUGGAGAUUUAAGACGGCCGGGCAACUAGGGUCCGCUCACCUUCCGUGCGGCUCCUAUGCUUCCCGACCCUGAUGACAGCGCAUAAUCAAACAGCUCAAUACAUGACGGUGAGAUUUGAUAAUGCGAUGGAGAUGUGGAGAUUGGAUUCUGACCUGCCUGGGGUCACACUGGACUGUCAGCGUCCAACUGACCUCAGGCAACAGGUGUGUGCCGAUGGACCUGCAGCUGGGAAUCUCCCGAGGGGGCCCCCAAGGUGGGGAGACCCCCUAAAUGGCACGGAAGACCACUUGUUCCCCAUCCAGCUGGCUGUGCUGGCCCACGGGUGUCUGCAUGGAAGCCAGUCCCCGGUCCCCCGGCACCGGCCGUGUGCCAAGCUGCAGGCCACAGGCCGAGCAGGGCCUGGAGCAGACCCACCCUGCGGCCGAGGCUUGGGGAUUGCAUCAGUCACGAUGGUGUCAGCUGCGGUGACAGCCCCACUAUUUCACAACCCAUCAGAUCCAGAAUCACCGAUUAUGAACUUAAGGAUGGAGCCAAGAAAUAGAACCCUGACCUGGAACCUCAAUGGAAAUGUUUCCAAGAUUGAGUGUGCCGUACAUUCAGGUCAUAUCACAAAGGCAAAAAACAACCGUUACUGCCAGUUCUACAUGGUUCCCUCCUGUGAGAUGACAAACUACAGUGUCACUGUCACCAUGACCACAGGUCAGCUGUUCUCAACGUCGAUUUUGUAUCCUAUGCAAGAAGGUAACCCCAGAGCAGCCGCCCAAGACCUGCACUGCAGGGUCCAUGACGUGGACUUCCUCACAUGCCACUGGGUGGUGGGGUCGGAGGCGCCGGAUGACGUGCAGUACUGCCUCUACAUGGAGGACCUGAAGACGUAUGCGCAGCAGGAGUGCCUACAUUACGGAGAGGAUCCGAGGGGCACACACGUCCGCUGUUAUUUCAAUGUCACCGGGCUACCCAAAGAGCUCCACUUCCUGGUAAAGGGCACCAGCAGGGGCUCCAGCAUCCCCUGUUCAGAACUCUGGGUGGACUUAAUGGAAACUGAGAGACUGAGGCUCCCCAACAUCACAGCAAGGUGUAAUAAAUCCCUUUCUGUCAUGGAGUGGAAAAUGGCAAGUCACUUCAAUGACAGAUUUGUCUAUAAACUUCAAAUACGAAAGGGCUCAGAUCCUCCCUACACGGAGAACCUGGUCUCAGAAAAUUCCUUUGUGCUCUACAACCCCGGAAUCUACACGGUGAGGCUACAAGCCCAGGGAGGCUUCCAGAACGUCUGGAGCGAGUGGAGCGCCACCCAGCGCUUUGAGUGCGACCCUGAGGAGGAGGCCCUGAGCCGCGCCUGGCUGGCCCCGUCGCUUUUGGCGCUGGUCACACUGCUGGCCCUGGGGCUCGUGCUCCUGAUCUGCACGAGCCGCUCCAGCCGGGUGCACCGCCCUGCUUUCGGCCGCGCGGGCUCCGCAGCCCCGGGGACACCAGGAGCCCAGGCCCCAGGGCGGCAUCCUGGGGCCCCCUCCCUCCUUCCUGCCCUGGGGCGCCGGUGCGGGGUGCAGCGAGGCUCGCCGGCGCGUACCACACACACGUCCCCACUGCUUCCCAUCUUGCCCGGACCCCACCCUCCGUAUCCUUCGGUACUCGGUGAUGCGCAGGCUCCUCCCGCCCAUCCCCCGCGUGAAGGACCCCAUCGGGGACAGCUCCCAGGGCGACAAGAUGAUGGUCUGGGAGGCCGGCAGGGACAGCCGGGAGGACUGUGCUGUGGCCGAGGUGCAGGUCGUGGGGGAGACGUGAAGUUGGCACUCGGCCCUUCUGCCGGACCUCAGCCGAGGGGACGUAAUGGCCAGAGACGCCAACAUGUUUCAUGGGGAGUUGCCGCUUUGGAACGAGUCCUCCUUUCCUGCUCACCCCUCAAUAAAGAGCGCUUUACUCACUCCCGGCCUGAGGGGGGAUCCAGCCCCUCACCCCGAGGCCCCGGACCCUCUUUCCUCCUGAAACCUGCUGGGCCCAGAUGCCCUCUAACACGUCUGGGAUUCAGUGGCCCUGCAGCCCCUCACAGCCCUGGGUACUUCCUCCCUGCACUUGGGCCGUCAGCUGCCCGACACACACGUUCUAUGUGAUAAGAACACCCACCCUCCACAAACCGAAGAGGCUGUCCAGGGACGGCAGAUGGGACAGAGCAUCUGGGCAGCAGGAAAGGGGGUGCAGCCCUGUGAUGGCCUGUGGGUGGGGCACGAGACACAAGCCGGCAGGGCCCUGCUCCUACGAUGUACCCACCACCCAUGGUGGUGGUGCUGGUAAUUCCUAACAAAGCCCUCCCUCCCUCCCAGGAGCCACCCAACUGUUAGCCCACAGGUGGUCCUGCUGUCCACAGAGGAACCAGGGCUUUCCUGAACCAUGCGAAGCACGUCUCCCCGAAUGGUACCAUUAACAUUUGAAGCUCAUACGGGGUGGAAGUCACUGUCCAGUGCAAGGCAGACUGACUGAGAAAAGCAGCCCUGUCCAGUGGCUGGCGUUUUAUCAGGUGACCCGCUACCUGCACAAGGCUCUCACAGAGUGACUGGCACAGCCUGCCGCUCCAGAAGUCAUGGGGCCUUUCUACCCCAGCCCACACUUUACAGGAAGUGGUCAGGGAUCCCCGUGCAGCCUGGGUGGGGCCCAUCCUCUGUUAUGCACAGAACACUGGCCGAGGCUGCAAGAUGCUCCAGCCUGGGCGGGCACACACCCACUUCGCAGUGGAUGCCUUCUGGCCAGACUAGCACAGACGUGGACCACCUAGCUGCCUGCAGCUUUGAGCUCCUCGGCAGGAACUCGGGCCAGUGUUAAUGCCCC